AUGAAAAAGCCACAUACUUUUCUCAAACCCUCCCCAGUGGCUUGGCAGAGGAGAGAACAGAUCAACCAAGCGACGUCCUUCACUGACGGGUCGGUGAUCUACGGGUCCAGCAAGGAGGAGAGCGACGAGCUGCGUGCCUUCUCUGGCGGCCUCCUCAAGGUGCAGCGCUGCCCGGCAAACACCCAGAUUCUUACGGCCGACACCAACCAAAUUGACUGCAAGACCUCAGGAAGAUUCAAGUGUUUCAAAUCCGGUGAUGUGCGGGUGAAUGAACACAUCGGUCUGGCCGCAAUGCACCAGCUGUUCGUCAGGGAGCACAACCGCAUUGCCGUCUUGCUUUCGGACCUCAAUGCCCACUGGACUGACGAGCAAGUGUUCCAAGAGGUGUGCAGGAUUGUGGGAGCAACUCUGCAGCACAUCACCUACACUGAGUUCCUCCCCUCUAUUCUUGGCCAGGUAUUCUAAUAUAAUAGUUAAAAC